AAUCCAUUACAAAAAGGCACACUAGCCACUCAAUUUGCUCAUAUUUCUCCAAUCCGAUCUCAUCUGAAGGAGACCAAACAACUACAAUCUGCUGUGAUGCUGCGCUGUUUCAGGUGUUGCGGUGCAAAGAACGAGCAGCCGGCUGAUCAUGGUGGAAGGUGGCGAAGCAAGAGCAAAAGCAACGAUGAAAUCCUGACAGAUGCCAGCACCUUCUCCGUGAAAGAGCAACAGAGGAACCUGGAGAAGGCGCUGGAGGAGGAGAAGAAGGCAAGCAGGGAGGCGAAGAAGGUCGUCGAGUGGGUAAAGCAGCAGUCUGCAAGGAUGGAGGCUUUGGAGUAGUAGUAGUCUCAUCAUCUGGAUGCAUAUCUGUUCUUUUCCAUCUUUAAAUCGGUCGAGAGAUUAAUUGUUUCUCUUAGAUGAAUAAUGUUUUUAGGUACCCCAAAAAAAGCUGCAGAAUAAUACUACAGAAGAUCAGCCUAAAAGAUUUCAUAAUUACCUAAAAAUUGUGAGAAUGAAGAUCCAACGCAAAAGAAGUAGAGUUUAAUGCA